AUGACCGCUAAACAAGGCGCUGAUCAACAAUUCACGCGCAGACAACGAUUUUCAGAUAUUGAAGAAAAUCCGCGUCGAAAAUUAAUGCCAAUCAGUGGCUAUGAAGAGAAGCCAAUCGUUCCACUGGAAGAGGCUGUUGAACCUUUGAAGGACAUUGUACGUAAAAUCAAAGAUAAUGCCGCGUGGGCAAAGUGGAAGUGUGAUGAUCCACCAGCAGAUAAUCUGUCCGUUGAUCAAUCAGCGGCCAUUAUACUCUAUACGAUGGAGAUGGAUAAUGAAAAAGAGUGUGUAUAUCAUGCACUCAAUUCAACUCUUCGCAAUGAAGAUCGGAAAACUCUUAAACCAUGGUUUUUAUAUUUACGACUAUUACUUUCGGCUCUUGCUCUGUUGCCAACCCUUCCGAUGCAUGUUUUUCGUGGAAUCAGAGGGAACUUUCAAGGGGCAUAUGAAGCAGGUGAAAAAAUAAUUUGGUGGGGAUUUAGCUCAUGUACGACAGAUGUUAGUGUCCUGAGCAAUGAUCUUUUUUUUGGUUCGACGGGUGUCAGAACUUUAUUCAACAUCGAUUGCAAGACGGGGAAAGAUAUUAAAAAUCAUACUGCUUUUCCACGUGAAGGUGAAAUUCUUUUACCAGCGGCUCGGUGCUUUCAGGUGGUGGCAUGUCUCUCGCAAGGUUCUGAUAUAAGCAUCGUACAAAUAAAAGAAAUCGACUCGCCUAUUAAACUAGUUGAACUUGGGCCACAAAAUACUGCGCCAUCAACUGGAGCAAGUGGAACUGGCAGCACGGGAGCAGCAUCAUCGGUCACCAUCAGCUUAGGAUCACUUGGCAUCAAGGAUCAAUCGAAAGGUAGGCGUUCAACAUAA